GAAUUUCAUUUUAGUAGUGAAUACAGAUUAAUACAGAUUUUUUAUACAUAGCAAUACAGAUUUUCUAUGAAAAUAUCUGGCAUCUCUGGCUGGACCGUUCAAGGAUCCUGCUUAAGUUAAGUGAACAGAUCCGUGUUGUAAAUGUAUCGAUUAGUGCGUAAAUAUAUUGUAAUCAAUUCGACCAAUAUUCAACAUGUAAAUUUCAGUACAAAUGCGAAGCAUCCAGAUCAUUACAAAGUGUUGAAGUUGAAACCAAGCUGUACUGCAAAAGAAAUAAGAACAGCAUUUAUCAAACUUUCAAAAGAACUACAUCCGGAUGCAAACGUAAGCAAUGCCGACCGAAAAGUAAAAGAAAAAUCCUUUGUCCAACUAUUAGACGCAUAUAAAGUUCUUAGUAAGCCAGAUACAAGAGCUGACUAUGACAAUACAUUAUUCCAAGAAAGUAAACCAUCAAGACAUCAAUCAGAAUAUCGAACUUGGCAACCGAAUCCACCGCAAUAUCAAAAUGCGGAUCCCGAAUCCUAUUACGGAAUUAAAGGCGUAAAACGAAUCAGUAACUGGAAAAUUGUUUUACUGUGUGGUGUAUUUAUGCUUGUAGGAAUAAUACUUCAAGUUAUCGCAAUAAACAAAUCAGUCACAUUCAAUCGCAAUCAAUUGGACGAGCGUUCCCGGAAAAACGCAAUAACGCAUGCACAAAUCCGUGCUGAAGCAGAAACUCAUGGAAAUGAUGCUCAAAUCGAGCGCAUGAAAGCAAGCUUGAACAGAACAAGAGUGUGGUAGAACUUAUAGUCUAUUAGUUUCUUAUAGGUUCAAUUUCAUAUUCGUGUAGUCAAUUUAUUACGUAAUGAAUCUGUAAAAUCACUGUAAAUAAAUUAGUGCUAAAUUAGAAAACAAACUAUCAGUAA